GGCUGUGGAUUCCCGUCCUAGAGCCCUGCCUGUCCUCCCACCACCCGGAACCCGGCUGCCCCCCGGGAACCACUGAGUGCCCUGAGCUCACCGAAUGGACUUCUGAGGAAGAAGCUGGAAUAGCAGGCCCCGGAGUCAGCAUGCCGCGUGGCUGGGCCGCCCCUCUGCUCCUGCUGGUGCUCCAGGGCGCCUGGGGUUGCUCAGACCUUGUCUGCUACACCGAUUACUUCCGGACGGUCACCUGCUUCCUGGAGACGUGGUCCCUCCACCCCAGCAUGCUCACCCUCACCUGGGAAGACCCCUACGGAGAAUUGGAGGAUGAGGUCACCUCUUGCAGCCUUCACCCGUCCACGCACAAUGCCACUCACGCAAAAUACACGUGCCACAUGGAUGUGUUCCGCUUCAUGGCCGACGACAUUUUCAGUGUCAACAUGACAGACCAGUCUGGCAACCGCUCCCAGGAGUGUGGCAGCUUUGUCCUGGCCGAGAGCAUCAAGCUGUCGCCUCCUUUCAACGUGACUGUGACCUUCUCGGGACAUUAUAACAUCUCCUGGAGCUCCAAUUAUGAUUCGUACCCACUCAAGGGCAAACUGCAGUAUGAGCUGCAGUACAGGAAGCGGGGAGACCCCUGGACGCAGCGUCCGGGGAGAAAGCUGAUCUCCGUGGACGUAAGGAGUGUCUCCCUGCUGCCCUUGGAGUUCCACAAAGGCUCCAGCUAUGAGCUGCAGGUGCGGGCGGGGCCCCAGCCCAGCUCCUCCUUCCAGGGGGCCUGGAGCGAGUGGAGUGACCCGGUCCUCUUUCACACCCAGCCAGAAGAGCUGAAGGGAAGCUGGCACACGGACCUGCUCUAUCUCUUCCUGGUCUUCACGCUCCCCAUCCUUGUCUACUUAGGACUGAAGAUCCGCCUGCCUUGGAGGCUGUGGAAGGUGUGGGUGCAGGUGCCCAGCCCAGAGCCAUUCUUCCAGCACCUGUAUGUGAGCCACAGCGGGAACUUCAAGAAAUGGGUGGGCACGCCCUUCACUGCCUCCAGCCUGGACCUGGGCCCCUGGAGCCCAGGGGUGCCCUCGCCCUUGGAGAUGUACAACUGCGGCCCCCCGCUGAGUGCAGCCCAGGGGCUGGAGACCACGCUGCUGCCCGCGCCGGCGGAUCUGGUGGAAACCGACGGCGCCCCUGCGCCUGAGCCCGAGCCGGGCUCCUGGGGCCCUGCCCCCUGCGCUGGCAGUGCGGGCAGCUCAGCUUACAGCCAGGAGGGGGACCGGCCCUAUGGCCUGGUGUCCAUCGACACGGUGACCGUGGUGGGUGCAGAGGAGCCGUGCGCCUGGCCCUGUACCUGUGGGGAAGAUGGCUACCCAGCCCUGAACCUGGACGCUGGCCUGGAGCCUGGCCCGGGCACCGAGGACCCGCUCUUGGGCCCCGGGGCCACCGUCCUGUCCUGCGGCUGUGUUGCAGCUGGAGGCCCUGCCGGGCUGGGGGGCCCCCUGGGCAGCCUCCUCGACAAACUGAUGCUGCCCCUUGAAGAUGAGGCGGGUUGGGCGCCAGGGCCGCCUUGGGGUGGUGGGCCACCCAGAGGGGUGUCUGACAGCGAGGCGGGCUCACCCCCCGCCGGCCUGGACAUGGACACGUUUGACAGCGGCUUCGCAGGCUCUGACUGCGGCAGCCCCGUGGAGUGUGACUUCACCAGCUCCAGGGACGAAGGGCCCCCCAGGAGCUACCUCCGCCAGUGGGUGGUCAUGGCCCCUCCGCCUGCAGGGCCGGGGCCCCAGGCCAGCUAGUGAGGCUGGCGGCUGUUCAGAACUGGCCGUGCCCCGGGGCGGCGAGGCAUGGUCGCCUGGGCCGUGGUGGGAAGAGGCCUGCAGCCUUUCGGUCUCCCGGGGCCCUGAGCCUGGAGGUGAUGCUGUGUGUGUGGCUCGGGGGGCGCACGGUGUGAGCAGCACGCACGUGUGUGCGCCCGGCGGCAGGCUCCCUCCCUGCAGGGCACAUGGGCUGGCCCCUGGGUCACAUUCGAGAAUCUGGUCCGAGCUGCCCACAGGCCUCCUGGGACCAGGACACUGCCUGUGACAGACACCAAGCCCCGCCCCCGGGUCCUGCCCCUCCAGGAGCCACACGAAGGCCAGACUGUUCCUUAUCGGUGGGAAGACCUGGGGACAGGGUGAGGCCUCCUGGCUGUGCCACCUCGAGGGGUUGCUCCCCGCUCUGGGCUGGGAUUUCCCAUCUGGACAAUGUGGAUGGCAUGGCUGACCUUGGGGAGAAACCAGUGCAGUCACCCACCUAGUGUGCAGCCCAGAGCAGACCCUCAAUAAACGUCAGCUCCCUUCCUUCUGAGGUGGGACCAAGGCUUGUGCUGAAGGUGGGUGGGGGCGA